GGGGAGGGGGUCUGGAGGGGGCUUUGCAGCUUUUAGAGAGACACACACCGGGAGCCGAGACUCCAGUCUCCGGCCGAGUCUUCUCGCAGCCGCAACCCACCUGGGGCCAGCCUAGUGCUGCCGGCGCCGCUCGGCUCCCUCCCUCCCUCCCGGCCCUUCGGCCUCGGCGGCGUGCGCCUGCCUUUUCCGGGGGCGGGGGCCCGGCUCGCGCUCUCCUCUCCCGAAGGCGCCCGCUCGGACAUCCCGAGGAUUGCUACUUCUCUGCCAACUUCGCCAACUCACCGGCACUUGGAGCUGCCCGGCCCCCGCCGGGCGCCCUCGGGCCGCCCCAGCUCCUCGCCCUUUCCGAACACCGCCUCUCGGAUGACAGAGUUCCAGGGGAGCUGAGCGAGUCGCCUCCCCCGCCCAGCCUCAGCCCUGGCCGGAGCUGCCACGCGCGCCAUGCGCCCCCAGAUCCCCCCGGCCCGGCCCGCCACCCUGGGGCCGUUCUGCUGACCGCCCAACCCCGCGCCCCGACGGUGGGAAGUUGCGGCCGCUGGCUGCGGUUGCAAUCUUCGGCCGGCCGGCCCGGGAGGAGUCCCUGCGGGGAGCGCAGCGCGGCGCCCCCCGCCCCCGGGCGCCCCGCCGGAGCCGGGCGCCCGCUCACCCUCCCCCCCACCGUCCCUCCCUUUUCUCCUCAAGUCCUGAAGUUGAGUUUGAGAGGCGACACGGCGGCGGCGGCCGCGCUGCUCCCGCUCCUCUGCCUCCCCAUGGAUAUGCACUGCAAAGCAGACCCCUUCUCCGCGAUGCACCCAGGGCACGGGGGUGUGAACCAGCUUGGGGGGGUGUUUGUGAACGGCCGGCCCCUGCCCGACGUGGUGAGGCAGCGCAUCGUGGAGCUGGCCCACCAGGGUGUGCGGCCCUGCGACAUCUCCCGGCAGCUGCGGGUCAGCCACGGCUGUGUCAGCAAAAUCCUGGGCAGGUACUACGAGACCGGCAGCAUCAAGCCUGGAGUGAUCGGCGGCUCCAAGCCCAAAGUGGCAACGCCCAAAGUGGUGGACAAGAUUGCUGAAUACAAACGUCAGAACCCAACUAUGUUUGCCUGGGAGAUCCGAGACCGGCUCCUGGCCGAGGGCAUCUGCGACAACGACACGGUGCCCAGCGUCUCUUCUAUCAACAGGAUCAUCCGGACCAAAGUUCAGCAGCCUUUCCACCCAACGCCAGAUGGGGCUGGGACGGGAGUGACUGCCCCUGGCCACACCAUUGUUCCCAGCACGGCCUCCCCUCCUGUUUCCACUGCCUCCAAUGAUCCAGUGGGAUCCUACUCCAUCAACGGGAUCCUGGGGAUCCCUCGCUCCAAUGGCGAGAAGAGGAAACGUGAUGAAGUCGAGGUAUACACUGAUCCUGCCCACGUUAGAGGAGGUGGAGGUUUGCAUCUGGUCUGGACUUUAAGAGAUGUGUCCGAGGGCUCAGUCCCCAACGGAGACUCCCAGAGUGGUGUGGACAGUUUGCGGAAGCACUUGCGAGCUGACACCUUCACCCAGCAGCAGCUGGAAGCUUUGGAUCGGGUAUUUGAGCGUCCUUCCUACCCUGACGUCUUCCAGGCAUCAGAGCACAUCAAAUCAGAACAGGGAAAUGAGUACUCCCUCCCAGCCCUGACCCCUGGGCUUGAUGAAGUCAAGUCGAGUCUAUCUGCAUCCACCAACCCUGAGCUGGGCAGCAACGUGUCAGGCACGCAGACAUACCCCGUUGUGACCGGUCGUGACAUGGCGAGCACCACUCUGCCUGGUUACCCCCCUCACGUGCCCCCCACUGGCCAGGGAAGCUACCCCACCUCCACCCUGGCAGGAAUGGUGCCUGGGAGCGAGUUCUCCGGCAACCCGUACAGCCACCCCCAGUACACGGCCUACAACGAGGCUUGGAGAUUCAGCAACCCCGCCUUACUAAGUUCCCCUUAUUAUUAUAGUGCCGCCCCCCGGGGCUCCGCCCCUGCCGCUGCUGCCGCUGCCUAUGACCGCCACUAGUUACCGCGGGGACCACAUCAAGCUUCAGGCCGACAGCUUCGGCCUCCACAUCGUCCCGGUCUGACCGCCCACCCCGGAGGGAGGGAGGACCGACGCGACGCGGAGCCUCCAGGCCACCGCCCCAGCCCCACCCCCAUCCCAGGACCCCGGCAGCCCUUCACGUCACCCCGUCGAAGGCCGGACAGGACGGGUGGAGCCGCAGGCGGGACCCUCAGGCCCGGGCCCACCGCCCCAAACCCCGCCCGCCGCCCCUCCCCGCCUGCCUGGACUGCGCGGCGCUGGGAGAAGGGACCGACCCAGCUCGCCCCGGCUUCGCCCGAGCCGGCCCCGGAGCCCACCAGCCACACCGCCGGACUCUGGCCGGGCCCGCCGCUGCGCGCGGGGACACGUUUCUGUGACACACAAUCAGCGCGAACUGCAACGCGGCCCAGCCCCAGAGCAGCCCGCCUUGGACGCUCCGGCGCUGGGAGGCUUCGCUGGAGGGACUGGGCGAAGGAAAUUAAGAACAAAACGAUUUUCUGCAGAAAGAGGAAAAGCCUCCUGCCGAACCUUCGGGGAAAAGUCCUCACCCCCGCGCCGGCCGGACUGACCCCACCUUCCAAGUGUGCCCUGCCUCAGAAGGUGGAAUGGAAGGGGGCCGGUCUCUAGGGACAUGGUUUGGGGUCGUCAGGUCUUUCCAAGGUUGGGACCCAGCAGCCCGCACCCACCGAUCCCUGCUCUUCCCUACUCCACCUGAACUGCCCAGUUCCCCAGGGCCCAGGCACUCCUACUAGAGACCAGACUCUCAGCCCCGCCUUGCCCCUAGCUCGGCGUCUCCUUCAUCUGCUGACCUCCCAGUUUCCCCUCCUGCCCGUCCUUUUCCCAUCCCACGACUCUCUGCUGCUCUCCGUCCUAACUCGCCGCCCAUCGGAGGCCGUCCCGUGCCUGCCUGCCGCAGGACCCAGUUUCCGUAGGCCGCGGGCACUGGUCUUCCCGGAGCAGUUACUUGAGGUCGCCUCCCCGGACACAGACUCUCGAUCUGCGGGUGGCAGGAGCAGGUUCUGAGCUGGCGUCCGGGCUGUGGCGGGGUGGAAGUGGGGAGCCUCCCACUCCACCCCC